AAGUAGUGGGGGUAUUUUCGACUCGAUUGGCAAGGCACCUGUCGAUCGGAAGAAGGCUACGAUGGAAGAGCGAAGCUUUUUAACACACAGUGGAAUUAUCCCUCCCUUCCCGGAGGGAUCGAAGUCGACCGAAAAAAAUGCUUCUGCCAAAACCGCCGAUGGAUUGGUCGAACCCGGCUCCGAUCCUGUAGGCAAGAAAAGCAGUUAUCCUUCUCGAUUGCUGAGUCUCGUUCGAUCUAUAGAGAAGAGAGAAAAGGGGACAGAAAACUACGAGGCUGGAAUGCGGGAGACCGUUGACUUGUUCAAUCACUUGAUCGCGGUGUAUUCCCGCUAUGGCCUUCUGCGAGGGGAUUUGGAAAAGGCGGAUCACAUCUUGUCGACCGAGAAUUCUGCACCGUCGGGAAGAGCGAUGGAAGGCAGAAAGCGGGGUAGCAAAAAAGGGAGAAAAGGAAACAAGAACCACAACUCCGAUGAUCUCCGAAUCAAGCACCAUCCGGGAUCGAUACCCGGAUCAUCCAACUCGCAGCAACAGGACGAAGCCCUUGUGUUCACCGCCAUUCUGAGGAUAUUGGCACCGACGGGUUCGGGCGACGAUUUCAAUGGGGUGGGCUAUGCGAACAAUCUUGACGAAGACCGAGCUCUCUUGAUAAGUCUCGCAUCCGAAUUAUGCUUGGCGAUAAGUCAACACAUGAAGAUCGAGAAAGAAUCGGAUACGUGCAACCUUGCUGAGUAUCAGCUGUUGGCGCAAUCCGGAAAACCCAUCUUGGCUGGCCUCUUGAAUAUUAUAAAAAUGAUAGUGCACGAUAUGGCUAUAAAAUCCGAUCGAAAAAAGGACGAAAAGUGCUUGACGUUGAUGGAUUGGGAUGAGCAGAUUCAUAUAUUGACCCUUAAUACUUGUAUGAAACUGGCUUGUUCUCUCGUCACCCUGUUUGGUACGAAGCUAUCUCGUAGCACCGCAAUGCUACUCGAUCUCAAUACAACUUGCUGGAAACUAUUGACAAUUGAUAAUGAUUCUGUCCAAGAUUCGGCGGCUAGACUUCUGUCUUCCCUUCCGAUGGCCGGAGGAAUCGAUCGGAAAAACCCUUCUAUCAUUUGGAGUGCAUGCGUGUCUGAUACUCUUUCGGGUCUGGCUGUAAUACUGGAGACAAUGGCUCCUCUCACUAAAGGCAGCGACAAAGAGUACAAGAACAACAGACUACACGCAUCUUUGGACGAAUGGAUUCAUUUCGUUCGCAGGGAUAUUUCGAACGAAUCGUUUCGACUGAAGUGCUUCUAUCGAUUUUCUCGUGGCUUGACCAAAGUGUUCCAUUUUCUUCUUUUGCAAGAUGGAUUGGAUAGAAGUUCGACUUUGGUGGAUGCGCAAAUAGAUGUCAAAAAGGUGUUGGGUGUUGUCGAAUCUUUUGUUUCGUUUCCACUCUCGGCAGAAACAAUAUAUUAUAGAACGAAACGAAGACUUCGAAACGAGAUUAUCGACAACGGAUUGCUUAGCCCGAGGAUUAUCGCUACCGAAGUAGCCAACCAUAUAAAGCUGAUGGGGCAUGAAAUUUUGGAUUCUAUGUUAGAUGCAGUGGGUGGACCGGUGCUUCUACCAUAUGCUCGUCGCAUUCUUCGGAUUUCCUAUGCUUCUAUUUUAACAUCCAGUUCGAGCCCGGUUCGUAGAGUGAUGGACCCCACAAGUGCCGCGCAAUUGGAAGGAAAGAAGAGACGGUGGUUGCACCUCUCGGUUUCGUCGAGGGCACUCGCGAUCAAAAGUUUCGGGAGUGUAAUUGCUGCCUUUGGGUGUGACAGCAGUACCUCGUCAGGGAGUCUUUCGAAAGCGUCACCAUCAGCAGACUCUUUGACCGCGAAUACGGACAGUGAAAAGGCAAUAACACUUGUUGUCGGCUCUCUCAUAGAGCAAAUAAGCACCAAUAGUGGGCAAACGAGUGAUUAUGAUGGCGAUUGGGGCACCACCGCGGAACGAGUAGAGCUCGUCUCGUCAUCGGCAAUGUGUCUAGGCAUGAAUUUGGUAUCCUGCGGUGGUUUUCUUUCGUUAUCCAUUCGAUCUUUGAUUGAAUCUGUCGUUGUUAGCGCUCUCUCUAAAAUUGGUGAAACAAGACAGUCGGGUACAGAGAUCCUUUCUUGGGCCCCAGUCAAGAUUUCGAUUCUCCGAUUGGCGAACAGUUGCGUGACCACUCCGUGGCAAGAUGGAGCGUCGAGCUCGCUAGUUGAUUUAUUGACUUCCACCGCAAGAACGCUGAAAGACGAUGUAGAUAUUGAAGUUUCUACGAUUGCCAACACAGCUUUGAGAAUUUGCGACUCAUUAUCCAUCCCCCGCGCUCCUGCAUUAAUCUAUGUAAACCGUGCGGUUGGUUCCGGUAAUUCCAGUGGCAUCGACUCUGGUCCGUCUGCUAUAGCAACCACCGAUUCUGCUUCUCUAGCAACAAAUAUCGAAUCGGCCCGAAACGACGCUGUUCGAGCAAGAAAGGCGGCGUUAGAAAUCGAACUUACAAAAAAGAGGAAAGCGGAAGACAGACGCCAGCAAGACAAGAAAAAGAAGAACGAAACGGAUAACAAACGGCAGAAAGCUUUUGAAGAGAAGAAAAGUACGGAGAUGAAAAAGCCAGAUCAGACUCUUGAAAGCAAAUCAAGGCCAUCUAGGGACAAAUCAAUAAAAGUCGAUAAGACGAUCAAAACGGAUUCGAAGGAUUACAAACAAUCUUCAAAAUCUGAUCCACCGAACACUGACAGCGAAACAAAGCAUGGUGUAAUGACAAAAGUGGAGACGUCGGAUCGUGGUAAAGACGGAAAUGAAUUGGUUGGCGACGAAAACAAAAUGAAGGCAGGCGACGACGCCAUGGAAAUCGACGACAAGUCCAUCAAAAGUGAUGACGACGACGAUGAACUUCCAGAAAUUUUCGACGGAGGGCCAGAUUCUGACGAUGAAUAAUCUCGUGAUGAGGCAUACUUCUUGUACAAAAUGGAUGUGCAUCUUAUACGUAGUUACUACAAAAAGACUAAUUAUAAUAAAAAUGCGAAACCUCUAGCCUCUAAAAGCACAUGCUGUGAUGAUUUUCAGAGUGGAAACUUUGUGCUUACAACGCACCCCCCAUCAUUUCCACGCAACGUUGCAGUGUGUCACUGAUCGGGGAUUCAAUCUUGACAAGCCCCUCUAAUUUCUCGGCCUCGGCCCGCGUUUCUCCAACAUUAAGGACUGCCACCGAGGUUCCCUUUCUGGAGGCGGCCCGCACGUGACGAAAGGCACUAUGCACAGCCAGAGAGCUUCCGAUUACCAAGAUCCCAUCGCAGUUUUCUACCGCUUGCUCGCAGAUUCGAACCCUGUGUUUGGGAACCGUGUCACCAAAAAAGACUACGUCGGGCUUGAAAAAACCAUCUUCACAGCAAGGACACGAAGGGAGGACAACAUCGUCGUAGUUGGCCUUCACGAGUUGCGCAUCUCCGUCUGGUCGCAGUUGGCUUUGCUGGCGGGAAGAUUCCUUGCCUUCUUCCAAUAGCUUUAGGUGCUUCAUCAACCAAGCUAGAUUCAUCUCUUCCAGUUGCUCCUGAUAGUCGUUCCGUUUCAUUCGAUGCCCGCAGUUCAUGCACCUAACAAUUUUGUUCUCUCCGUGAAUGGCAAGGACGUCCUUCGAUCCGGCCCUGACGUGCAAAGAAUCCACGUUCUGUGUCAACACCGUCAACCGCCGUUGUCCCGAAGUAAAUAGAAAUUCAUCUCGAUCCUGCUCGUCGUAAAAAUCUUCUCUAUCCUCCAUGUUCACACCCAAACGACCCAUUCGUUCCAGAGCCGAAAGCGAAUAGUGCCCGACGUUGGGUUUUGCCUGGUCAAAUGUUUUCCAUCCCACCAUGGAGCGCCCCCAAUACCGUCUCCGUUGGUGAGGAUGCUCCAUAAAUUGAUGGUGAAUGAUCGGUUUGUGGCCUACGUGAUAGGAUCCCUUGUGACCGCGAUAAUCUGGGAUCCCUGAAUCGGUCGACAAUCCCGCCCCCGUCAGACAAAAGAC